UAUGAAUUGAAUGUCUGUUGUUUUUAAAAAGGAUAAAAUCCAUAAGUCAGUAUAUUAGCACAUUCACAUUUGUGGCUAUUUGCAAACAUUUAUUUUUUUUUGUUCGUUGAUUUUGAUUGAUUUUUUUUUUCGUGAAUUUCUCAUCAUUAUAUUGGGGUUCAUUGUUUUAUUAAUCAUGAUCCAGAAAUUUAUACGUGGCCUACCAAUGUUAUUAGGCUCAAUGAUUGUAACAUUCGCAUUUAUAUUGUACGUGAAUUUUUUUAUGAUUAAAAUUUUUUUGUUGUUGUUAUUCUAUAAACUCUAUAAUUUUUUACAUUUUAGAUGGAUAUUUGCCAUACGUCUGGAACAAGUGAAUCCAAUAUUUCCAUAUAUAAGCGAUCUAGGCCUUCAUCAACCUGUAUUAUCAAUGUUUACAUUUUCACUUUGUUUUGCAUCACUUUUAUUAUUGUUAGUUGUCGUCAUUAGAUAUCGUUUAACACGUUAUUAUCUAGAUAUUUAUAAUAUGGAUUUACGUUGGGCAAAUUAUUCACUGGCCACCGGUAUGAUUAUGGUUGUCAGUAUGUGUGCAACUGGUUCCAUACAAAAUGAUAAACCAUUUUAUUUACAAAUUCUACAUAAUAUAUUUGCAACUAUUUUAUUUACUUCCGUACAAUUUGAUAUUUUAACUGAAUUUCUUAUUGCAAGACAAUUACCGAAUCAAACACGUAUAUCGAAUGGACGAAUUAUUAUAUUGAUCAUAUCAAUGACGGCUGUCAUUUUAUAUUUACUUACAAUGAUUAUUUCAUUUCAAAAAUAUCCACAAUCAUUUGCAAAUAGUUCACUGAGAUUAUGGUGGUCAACCAAUGAUCCAGGAUAUUAUUGGCAUGUUGCAAGUUCAAUAUUUGAAUGGUUUAUCGUUAUAAUGCUUGGUCCACAUGUAAUGACAUAUCGAUCGUUAUUUGAAACCGAUAUCAUUAAUUUGGAUGAAAAACAAAAAUGUACCAAUCAUAAUAACAAUGAUGGCAAUUAAAUUGGUUAAAUGAACAAAACGUUUAUCAUCCUUGGCAGCUGCAGCAUGCAAUUC